UGAUCUAGAGGAAUUUAUGGUGGAGGAAUGGCAAAAAAUUCCACAAACUGUUCUAAUUAGUCUCGCAAACUCGAUGAGACAUCAUUGUGAAUUAAUAAUUGAAAAUAAUGGCGAGCUUAUUUCAUAUUAA